UGCUAUCAAGAAAAAGACCCCUUCGCUCUUGAGUUCCAAGCUAUGAAUGGAAGGUGUGACGGCUGGUGCCUUUCCAAGAGCAUCUUCUGGUUCUUCUACACAGCCACUUUCAUCUUCGUCGUUGGGGGCUUCAUCUUCUGGCUUAUAUUCUCUCCCAGCGAGGUGAAAUUUCACGUCACUGAGGCCUCGCUCACACAAUUCAAUUACACCGCCGCUGCCGCUAACAACACGCUCAACUAUAAACUGGCACUCAACAUCACCCUCAGAAACUCCAACAAGAGGGUGGGAAUAUACUACGACCGCAUCGAAGCCAUUGCUUACUAUGGAAAGAAUUGGCUCUCUACGGUCAGUUUGACUCCAUUUUACCAAGGCCACAAGAAUACUAGUGUUCUAAGGCCGGUUUUUGAAGGGCAACAAGUCCUAUCGCUUGGGACUCGGGACCUUUCAAAGUUUGAUUCCGAGAAGAGUGCUGGUUUUUAUAAUAUUGAUAUAAAUCUCUCCGUCAAGAUAAGGAUCAAGUACGGUAAGAUCAAAACUCUCCGAUUCAAGCCGCAGAACAUCGAUUGUCCAUUGAAGGUACCAUUGAGCUCCAAUGGAACAGUUGCUGAAGGUUUUCAGGCUACCAAGUGUGACAAUGUUUAUUUUUUCUCAGACCCUAAUGCUAUGGAUUGAGACCAACCCGGUCCAACCAGAAUGUCAUCAAACACAUUGAAUUAUAUGUUAAUAAGUUUGAAUUAUUCAUCCCAGAAGAUAAAUAAAUAAGUUGG